UUGCCUGGCCAGUCUGUCACGGGAGUAGCCAGAAUAGCGACCUGCGAGGAAUAAAACUUCACGUGCACCAAACUGGCUGUAUGACGUCUUGUGCACCCAGGUCUGACACAGGGCAGUAUCGUGACAGUGGUAAAGCUGUUCUUUCCAGGGCAUUAAUGAAAUGCAGCAGAAGUUGAGCGUGAGGAACUUCCCGCUGUUCAAAGAGAUCCGGGAGCUUCCGUUUCGCUGCCCGCGGUGCGGAGAACAGGAACGCUUCAGGAGCCUGUCGUCCCUGCGGGCCCACCUGGAUUACAGCCACGCCUACCACACACUGCACGACCUCGGCCCCGCCACCAGGUGGCGCCCUGCGGACGCGCUGCUCCCCGACAGCAGGAAGGCCCGGGAUGGCCGCUGCACCGAGCGCUGCAAGAGCGCGUCCGUGGAGACGCGUCGCCCGGGAGACCCCGCGGACAAGGGGGGCCCGAAACCCGCUUCCGGCGCCCUCUCCGUAGUGGGGCGCGUCCCUGCGGGCGGGCGGGGGGAGGAAGAGGAGGAGGAGGAGGACGAGGUGGGGGCGUGCGUGCGGCGCAGGCUGGAGGAGAUGCUGAGGGCCGCGGACAGCAGCGUGGAGCGCAGGCUGCUCAGGGUGAGCACGGAGCUGGCCCGGGCCGACUCGGAGCUCCUGAGGCACCGCGCACGCUCCGAGCACCUGGCCCAGGAGAAGCAGGAGCUGCACCAGCGGGAGAGGGCCCUCAGCCGGCAGGUGGACACGGCCGUCAUGGUCAUCGCCACCCUGCGGCAGCAGCUCUGCGUCUCCGAGCAGGAGCUGGAGAGGAAGGAGCAGGAAGCUAUUACAAUUCAUCACUUUCUGGAUACAGCUGUUCAGCAUGAGAUGUGUGGGAAAGUUCGACUUCAGAACUUCAUCGAGAACCUCUUACAGCGAAUUUCACUCGCAGAGAGGCUUUUGAAAUACUAUCAAAGCAGUUCCAGUCGGCCCAACUGCACCACUCACUCUAUGUCCCACACCAUUGAAAAUCGACCUCUGAGAAUAACCAAAAGCAGGUCGGCAGGCGGUCUCCUGGAAUCAGGGGACAGAGACACAGAGACGAGGGAACCAUCCGAUCGAAAAGGGCGGUAUUUUCCAAAAUUCCCUCGAGAGAGCCAGGGACACACCCCCGACUACAAGGGAGAAGGGAAGAGUCAGCACAGGCCGCUGGCCCACUAUGAGGUCUGAGCAGGAAGCCCAGGGCGGGGGGGCCCUCCAGUGAAAUGAUCCGGAAUAUUCCAGAUUUGUAGCUUAGUGCUAUGUUUCUGUCAGCCGCUUGAAUGUUAGCCUCCAAAGGACCACAGUUGUGUUUGAAGGCCUGAGCCUGUGGCAGAAGCCUCCAGGCCUCCUAGUGAGGGAGGACACUAUUUUGUCUUUUUUCUCCUUUCCCUUACGUGUGCUAACGUUGGGGAUCGGUGAACCAGCCAGUGGAGGAAGACAGACCAGCAUUGUCUAUUCUUAUCCCUACCUAAGAACGACCAUUGAGAGAUGCUGCUUUUCCUUGAAGCAAAUUCAGCAUUUGACAUCUAGGAAUCGAUCUUCAUAUGGACACAUCUAUUUUACAAAAUAUUUAAUCGUUUAAUUAAUUGUGUCAUCGGAUAUCAGACACCAUGUUGUUAGCUGGAAUAGUGACUGUAAUUACAGUGUUUUUCUUUCAAAACCGUUAUUUUUGCCAAAUGGUGUUUGUCAUUCACCAUAUAGGGCAGGUUGCUUCUGUUUACAAUCUCACACGCUCAAUUAAAGGUGCGAAUGUUUGUAAGCUUUUGUAAGAGCUCAGUCAGACGGAUAAAAUAACCUUAUACUAUUUAUUGUCAUGUCUUGUUUAUAGUGUACUUUGUAUUUAUUUGAUACUGUGUAUUCCGUAAAAUUGAACUGUGGAUAUUUGGUAACUAAUUACAUACUAGGGUUUUCUGAAUGCAUUUUUUAAAAAUAGUGCUGUCAUUAUAAUAGUACUGUUGUUUAUAUGUUUUUUGCUGUCCGAUUCUGAAUAGAGAGCAAUACUGUGCAAUAGGAAUAAAUAUAUAUUUUCUCUAAACUGAUACUCCUCUAUGUCCAACACUGUGUUUAUACUGGAGAGGUAAAUACCAAUGACUGCAGAUGUUGACUCAUAAUUAAUACUGCUGAAUGUUAAAUAAUCAUUAGAAUCAGAUACUGUGAUAUUAUGGUUUUGAUGGUAUAUGCCUCUGGUAGGGUUAUUUUUUUAGGUGGCCAGAAAUGUUUGGUUCAGCUUUUCAGAAGUGUUUUUAAAAUAACAAUAUUAAAUGCAUGACCUGAUUAUUUGCGUAUUGUUGGAUCUGCAUGUGCUUUCUUUGAUGGUAAAACCUGUAUUACGAUAUAAUAACUUGCACUAUGUUCUGUGGACAAGGUAUAUUUUUGUUGUGAAAAAUCUGUUGGUGCGUAAAACAACAAUGCAGGUUUCUAUAUAACACAAUACACCUGACAAUCAGACAGAUCAAGAAAAUGUGCUAACUUAAUGUUUUGUCUAUGACUAUUGUAAUAUCUCAUAAUGGGUAUAUUGAUAUUACAUAUGAUAUAAUAUAUUAUAACAUCUAAUAUUUUUGAUGUUGAGUCCUGUUGCUUUUGCAUUCUGUUUAAGUGGGCAAUGUACAAGACUAGUCACUUGUGUAUGUGUGCCUUCACUUGGAAAACAUGUAGCCUUUGAAACACUGUGAGAAACACAACACUGUAUAUUCUUACGAAAAAAUUGUGUUGCUCUCUGUCAAAUCAUAAAGAAUAAAAUUUUAAAUGAUUUC